AUGUCAUCGAAUGCAAAUCCGAAUCAGAUAGAUGUCGAUGAGGCCCUCCUCCGAUCUUCUUCUUUCUUUUUCGAAAUCGCAUUAAGCGGACCUUGGACGGAGGCUACACAGCGGAAGUUCGAGUUUCCUACCGACAAACCUAAGACUUUCAAGAACUACGUCAACUGGCUCUACUAUGGCGACCUUUAUCUCCCUCCAGCUGACGGCAUAGCCACAUCGGAUUACAUGGAUAUCGCCAAGGCCUACAUCCUUGGGACAAACUGCUGGACCGAGCGGACCUUUACAGCUGCAUAUGGGGAGGAUGAGACUACCCUUCCAGACUCGGUGGAUCUCGUGUCGUAUAUUUACGAAAAUACCAUGAAAGGAGCUUGGCUUCGGCUUGCGUUGAUUGAUAUCUGGAUUUGGUGGCAAGGCGGAGACUCAUUUUGGCUCAUGCAGUGUGACGCCCAAGAUUUCCCCCACGAUUUUCUCCAUGAGCUAUCCGUGAUCCUCAUGGAGAACAUUGGCUCCGGCGAGGAACCAAACCCCGCUCACUACUUUGAGUUAUCGUGGUCUAUCUCCUUGUUCUCAUUCUACUACUACAAAGGUUGA